AGAAGAAGCGUUGGUUUGUUAGUAGUGUAUGUAUGGCGUGUGUAUUGCUUGGCUUCUGUUUCUCUUCAUGCUCUCUUUUCUUUGUCUUGGUCUAACACACCAACACACCAACACCAACACCAACACCCCAACCCAACAACAACAUUCGACGCUGCCGCCUUCAUCUUUACGUAGUUUUUCAUCCAACCCCAUCUCGCGAUUUCGCCCCCAAAACCCGCCAGCUCAAUUCCCUCGCCAGAUCCAUAUCGCUUCCACGUCCAAUCCCAUAGGAACCAGACCACCGUGUCUCGGUGUGUUUAGUUGAGACUUGAGAGGGUUGGAACUUGGAAUGCAAGGUUGAUUAUGGUAAAGAUGGUGUCCACCCAGAUGGUUAAAGUCAAGACAGAAACGCUACGAACAUGCAUGACAUGCCCUCUCUGCCAUAAGCUCGUCAGAGAUGCCACCACCAUCUCUCUCUGUCUUCACACAUUUUGCAGGAAAUGCAUAUAUGAGAAACUCUCAGACGAGGAGAUGGAUUGCUGUCCUGUGUGCAAUAUUGAUCUAGGCUGCCUUCCGGUGGAAAAACUCAGGCCAGACCAUAAUUUGCAAGAUAUAAGGGCAAAAAUAUUCCCUUUUAAAAGAAAAAAAAUCAAGGCCCAAGAAGUUUUGUCUUCAAUAUCAUUGCCUGCAAAAAGGAAGGAAAGAUCGCUUUCAUCAUUGGUAGUCAGUGCUCCCAAAGUUUCAAUGCAACCUGGCUUUACAGGAAAGAGAACAAAAACCAGUACCAGAAAAGCUGCUGCUUUACGUGGAUGCAGUUUUCUUCUCGAAGAAUCCAUAAAGAAGGAAGAAACAAAUGCUGAAGAUAAGAUGGAAUCCUCCACGGCUGAGCCUUCUAAGAAGCACAAGCACAAUGAAGAUACAGAGAACAGUGUGGAACAUACAGAAGGGAAGGUUGAUCUCUGGACACCACUGAACUGUCUCGUUGAAGCUGCCAACAGAACAAAGUCCUCCAGGUCAAAUUCACAAGCAAUUCCUUUUUCCAAAUUAGAGUCCCCAACUACUCCUCGUGGUGGACAAGAUACACCUGAAAUUACAACCAAAACAGACCUACCUCCUGUCCAGAGUGAGUUAAACAUUCCAAAAUCCAAAAAUAAGGAUACUGGGAAUAGAACAAUAUUCGGAGAUGACAAGGAUGCAAACAGCUUGCCUUCAGGACCAGUCAAGCGAAGAAGGUUGCGUCCAGCUGGUCAGAAAAGAGUUGCAGCAUCUGAGAUGUCUGCCUCAUCCCCAGCCCCACCAGAUGCGCCAGGGGGCAAGUGCAACAGAAAAAACAGUGCUAUUUGGUUUUCAUUAGUUGCUUCAGAGGACCAGAAAGGAGAUGUUCCCUUGCCACAGAUCUCAGCAUGUUACUUAAGAAUAAAGGAUGGUACUGUGCCUGUCUCAUUUAUUCAAAAGUACCUAGUGAAGAAACUUAAUCUUGCCAAUGAAACAGAGGUGGAAAUCAUGUGCCGGGGUCAGCCAGUGCUACCAUCUUUGCAACUGCAUAAUUUAGUAGAUCUAUGGUUCCGGACAGCAUCAACCUCAAAAAAGAUACCAGCAUCUGUGGGGUCCUCAGCCAAAGAUUUUGUGAUGGUUUUAUCAUAUUGUCGAAAGGCCUUGCCUCCUUGAGAAAGUUCCUAUUCUAUUUAUAUCAUUUUCCCUCCGAUACAUUACAUACACAUUCAACUGUUUUGAUAGCAUUCUCACCGAUAUUACUUGGAGAUUUGUUCAUUUAGUACCAUGCGAGGAAUCUAUAUGAUUUUGUUUUGCUCAUGACUGAAUAUGUGCAGCCAACAAUUUUAUUACUUCUGCUUCAUUUGCUGUUA